AUGAGCAGGUGUUGUCCACCUGUAGCCUCGGUGGUGAGGGGACUUCUCGGCUCCGUUUUUUUCUGCCUGACACGGACCAUGAGCCUCCGUGGAAGUCCGGCUGCCUACCUGUCGGGGGCCGCGGGCAGCAGCAGCAGCAGCAGGGCGGGCUCUGACGAAGGAGGGAGCGGAGGGAGCGCCUUCUUCCUGCCCUCGACCUCUUCGCCGCGGCCGAGGCUGCUGCGGCUGUCGGAGGUGCCCGGCGCCGAGCCCUUCAAAGCCAAUGACGUGCUGCUGCACCUGCCCCUUUCUGCCCCCGCAACGGGGCAGUCUCAGCAUCACGUCGUCUACUUCCCGGGGGACGUGCAGAACUACCAUGAAAUUAUGGCUUGCCAUCCAGAGAACUUCCAGUGGAAACAAUGGUGCUUAGAAAAUGUUGCAAUUAUUCUUGGUCAUCGUUUUCCAGGCAGUUACAUUUGGAUUAUAAAAUGUUCCCGUAUGCAUUUGCACAAGUUCAGCUGCUAUGAUAAUUUUGUGGCAAGCAAUUUGUUUGGAGCACCUGAACAUAGUACUGACUUUGGAGCCUUCAGACACCUUCAUGCCCUGCUAACUAAUGCAUUUAGACUUGCUCAAAAUUUUUUGGUGUCUCAGAAAAGCAUGUACGAUUUCAGUGACAAUACAAAGGCAGUUUCUUGUGAAUUACCUACUUUUGCUACUAGUAAUGGUUGCCCAGCAGCAGAGAAACACUGUGAGCUUGUUAGCAAGUCUGUGAGCUUUAAUGAGCCUUCUGCUAUUCACAGAGCUUCAUUCACAUUAAUAGGAUUCAGUAAAGGUUGUGUUGUCUUGAAUCAAUUACUUCACGAACUGAAAGAAGCAAAAAAGGACAAGGAUAUAGAUGCUUUUAUACAAAAUAUAAAAGCUAUGUACUGGCUGGAUGGUGGUCAUUCUGGAGGAAGUAAUACUUGGGUAACGUACCCUCAUGUGCUGAAAUACUUUUCACAGACUGGAAUUUCAGUUAAUGCUCAUGUUACACCGUACCAGGUAUUUGAUACAAUGAGAACAUGGAUUGGAAAAGAGCACAAGAGAUUUGUACAACUUCUUGAGGAGUUUGGUGCAAAUAUAAAUAGCCAACUUCAUUUUGCUGAUGAAGCACCUUCUUUGGACAAUCACUUCAAAGUACAUGAAGUAUUUUGAUAUGUUAAUGAUGCCAGUGUUAUCUGCAAAAUAGAUCUUAAACUUCCAGUUUAAUAAUGUGUUUUCUUAACACUUGGGAGAGGAAAUAUUGUAUAUGCUUUCUAAGAUGAAUGUUGAUGUUACAAGUCUACUGCUUGUAACUGAAGUCACCAGAAAGUUUCAGCUUUUUGAUCUGAGCAAGGCAGUAUUAUCCAUGAGGAAAAUCAAUUUAACAGGAGGGGGGAAAAACCUAAUUCAGCUUAAUGUUAAAGGAAGGGUUUGUGUAAUUGUCUAGAAUUAUAAUGACCAAAACUUUCAAGCCUAGAUAUAAAAAAGAUCAUCUUCAAAUUCUUCUAAUUUGAUGAAAUUGAAGGUUUGUUUUUGAAUAAAAUCCUGUUAUUUAGAUGGGAUAAUUAUUAGAAUGUCAAAGCUACUCUUAACAUUAUUUAGUACUUUUAGCACAAGCAAUGCAGUAAAUUGGUUAUUUUGACAGUAUUUAUCUUCAUUGCAAUAAGUAUAUGUUAACCUUGGGAAUAAGCUGAAUAACUACUGUACUGUUGUGCCAGAGGCGCCCCGCAGUUUCUAACCAUUGCAAGCAUCUACAGAUGUUGUAUUUUUGUUUUCCUUGGGGGGGGGGCAUUGGAAGAGAAUUAAGCAUUGUGAGACCAAAAAAAGUAUACUCUCACACGGUUCAACAUUCCAUAUUAAUGGUGAAGCUUAACUAGCUCUCAAUACAAUUUUGAGCUUUUGUAACUUCAGACUGUUAGAACUUUUAUAACAACUGUAAUUAUUACUUUGCUGAAUAUGAAGCCAUCUAAUUACAUUAUAUUAAUACUGUUAAGUUAUGGGAAAAUGGUAGUAGCAUAUACAGUUGUUAUUUAUAACACAGGAACACCAAGUAGCAUUCUCUAUAAAACAGCAAUUAUGUGAGAGAAGGAUUACUACAGUGUAAAACAUUUUGAUGUUUCUAUAGUUAAAAAUUAAAGUAUCAUUAAUAAAUCUGUGCAAUUGAUCAACA